AUGCCAUUGGUGGUGGCCGUUCUCGCUGAGAGUCCAGAAAACCUUCUAGACAAUGAUCCUUCAUUUUUCUGUAGGUUUACCAUUGUGGUUGCAACUCAGCUUCCUGAAAGUACAUUACUAAAUUUAGCAGAUGUCCUCUGGAAUUCCCAAAUCCCUCUUUUGAUCUGUAGGACAUAUGGACUAGUUGGUUAUAUGAGGAUCAUUAUAAAAGAACAUCCAGUAAUAGAAUCUCAUCCAGAUAAUGCAUUAGAGGAUCUACGACUGGAUAAGCCAUUUCCUGAACUGAGAGAACAUUUUCAGUCUUAUGAUUUGGAUCAUAUGGAGAAAAAGGACCAUAGCCACACUCCAUGGAUUGUGAUCAUAGCUAAAUAUUUAGCACAGUGGUAUAGUGAAACAAAUGGACGAAUACCUAAAACGUAUAAAGAAAAAGAAGACUUCAGAGAUUUGAUUAGACAAGGAAUUCUAAAGAAUGAAAAUGGGGCUCCGGAAGAUGAAGAGAAUUUUGAAGAAGCUAUUAAAAAUGUGAACACAGCACUAAAUACAACUCAGAUCCCAAGCAGUAUUGAAGAUAUAUUUAAUGAUGAUCGCUGCAUAAAUAUCACCAAACAGACUCCGACAUUUUGGAUUUUAGCUCGUGCCUUAAAGGAAUUUGUGGCCAAAGAGGGUCAAGGAAAUUUACCUGUUCGAGGCACAAUUCCUGAUAUGAUUGCAGAUUCAGGCAAAUAUGUAAAACUGCAAAAUGUUUACCGUGAAAAAGCAAAGAAAGAUGCUGCUGCUGUGGGUAAUCACGUUGCCAAAUUGCUUCAGUCUAUAGGCCAGGCACCAGAGUCCAUUUCAGCGAAAGAAUUAAAAUUACUCUGCAGCAAUUCUGCAUUUCUUCGAGUGGUGAGAUGUCGAUCCUUAGCUGAAGAAUAUGGCUUGCAUACAAUUAACAAGGAUGAAAUUAUUUCCAGCAUGGACAAUCCAGAUAAUGAGAUAGUAUUAUACUUAAUGUUACAGGCUGUUGAUAGAUUUCAUAAACAACAUGGUAGAUAUCCAGGGGUAUCUAACUAUCAAGUUGAAGACGAUACAGGCAAGUUGAAGUCUUGUCUCACUGGCUUCCUUCAGGAAUAUGGAUUAUCCAUAAUGGUGAAAGAUGAUUAUGUCCAUGAAUUUUGCCGAUAUGGAGCUGCUGAACCACACACCAUUGCUGCAUUCUUAGGGGGAGCUGCUGCUCAAGAGGUUAUCAAAGUAAUCACCAAACAAUUUGUAAUUUUUAAUAAUACUUACAUUUAUAGUGGCAUGUCACAAACUUCAGCAACUUUCCAGUUGUAGAAUAAGUACCCUAUAGUGUGUUAAUGAUUGAAACUGUAAUUGCCUUCAGGUUGUGCUCUAGUCUGUAAAGUUCUGCUA